AUAAAGACGAGAAAGUUUAGACAAAAGUUGGCCGAUUUUCGGAAUUUUAAUUUUUUGUAAACAUAAGAAUUAGAAGAUAGAAACAACCACAAGAAUAUCAGCAACAAUGGGUUCAACAAAACUAAUGCUAACCAAGCUCAUACAAGACUCUGUGCUUAAACUGUGCACUCAGAAUUUAACAUUCUCUGCCACCCUUGAAAUAGAUGGAAUCAUAUGUAUCAACACUGGCCCUCAGGAUGAUGAAAUUGUUGUCAAAAUGCACAGGACUAUUGUUAACCAACAGAACGAUCGCACACCCCUGAUGGAUCAAUGGGAGAAUACUGAACUGCCGAUGCCUAGGACGCAAUUUUCAGAACAUUUUUCAAAGGAGAAACAACAGUUUCAAAAACCAUAUCUCUCACCCCAGACACAUGCUCCUGUUAAGAGUACAUCUGCAAAAAUAACAGAAACGGCUGUAAGAAUGCCUACUCUUACGUCGAGUACCUAUAGCCCAGGCCCCCCUUCAGCCACUCUUCAUGCUCCUGGUGGUAAACUACCCUAUGAUGCUCAGGAUAUAGUCAAAGCUGAACCACCUGGUAAUGAUAAACAAAUUCUUGGUAAACGACCAGCCUUAGAUACCAAAGAAACCACCUUAAAACCUAUCCCUGAAAAACACAUCAAAAUUGAGAAAGAUGAACCGAUAACGAUUGAAAUAGGGGAAGACGAAGAAGAGUUUGGUGGGGCAGAGGAUCAGGAGUCAUAUACCACAGGAAAUAGUUGGAUGGGGGAUGAUAUGUAUGAACAAGACAUUAGCAUGAAUACAAGCAUGAAUGAUAUGGCAGCAAGUAAACAGGUCCCAGGAGGCAUUCUAGAUUCAAAGAAAGGAAACCAGUCAGAAGAUACAAAUCACAUAAAUAAGACAGUAAGAGGACCUAAUAAGGCUAAUGCUUUGGAAAAUUCCCAGAAUGAUGAUAUGAGACAAGGAAAGUCAAUAUAUGAAGCUGGACAAUCAUUCAGGGAUGAAAACUCCUUAUAUGGAGAUGGAAAUAGAACCUCCUUAUAUAGUGAUGGAAAUAGAAACUCUUUAUAUGGCAGUUUACUACAAAAUAAACCAGAACAUGAUGAUAGUAUUAAUUUGAAGAAGCAUGUAUGCCAGAUGUGCUUGAAAAGAUUCUCGAAAAAGGGAGAUUUGACGCGCCAUCUCAUGAUCCAUACUGGCGAGAGACCAUUUCAAUGUGGAUAUGGAAUAUAUGCUGACAUCAUAGGGUAUUCACAUGAUAAUACAAGAGUAAAAGCGGAGUAUGACCCAGAAACCACUUUAACACACAACUCACGAGGAACUAUACCAUGGAAGAACAAUUUAGGAAAUAUAUGUGAACAAAGGAGUUUGACUGAACAGAGCAAUUCAAAACAAAGUAAAAGGAGUAAAAUUAGAUAUAAGUGUGAUUUGUGCCUUAGGGGCGGAUUCAGGUCUAAGGCAGAGCUUGGAAGACAUGUUAUGAUCCAUACUGGCGAGAAGCCAUUUAAGUGUACUUUGUGUGAGAAGGCAUUUAAUAGAAAAUGGCUGCUUGAGACUCAUCAUAAAAGCUGCCAUGCAAAGAUUGAUAACCAGACAACUCAUCCCCUAGACAACUCAUACAUGGAUAACUCAACCCCUAGACAAGUCAACCCCUGGACAGCUGAUCAUCCCCUGGACAACUGA